CAGCACCAUCCUCAGGACUCUCCCCACUCCCUCAGGAAAGUGAAAUGUGGGUUAGUGACGACACUUCCCCCACUCCUAGGAUCUAUCCUGCAAGUUUUUUUCCUCAAUAGGACGGAGCAAAGUUUUCUCUUCUCUUCCACGUAUCAGAAAAAAAGCCAACAUGUCGCCACCGUCGAGACGGCUUCAGACAAAGCCCGUGAUUACCUGCCUCAAGACCUUCCUUAUUUCCUACAGCCUUAUAUUCUGGGCCACAGGCGUGAUCUUGCUGGCCGUCGGCGUGUGGGGGAAAGUCAGCCUAGAAAACUAUUUGGCGCUGGCUGCUGACCAGAGCACCAACGCGCCAUAUGUCCUCAUCGGGACCGGAGCCUGCAUUAUCGUCUUUGGGUUGUUCGGUUGCUUUGCGACCUGCCGAGGAAGCCCAUGGAUGCUCAAACUGUAUGCCAUGUUCCUGACCUUGGUGUUCUUGGCUGAGCUUGUGGCUGGAAUCUCAGGAUUCAUCUUUCGGCACGAGCUCAAACACAUACUGGACAAGGCCUUUACCACCGCUGUGAAACAGUACAACACCACCGACAGCCACCACAACGCCCUGGACACCAUUCAGAGUACUUUGGGUUGCUGUGGCAUCAAUACAUACACGGACUGGAAUGGGACGGCCUAUUUCAAAGAGAACGGCAUCCCAACCAGCUGCUGUAAGACCAACCACUGCAGCCCGGAGAUCCUCAAAGAUCUCAAACAGGCCGCGACAGAGGUGUACGAGCAGGGCUGUUUCUCUGUGGUGUCCACUAAAAUGGAAGCUAAUCUGGGAAUCAUCGCUGGCGUCUCCUUUGGAAUCGCAUUCUUCCAGCUCAUUGGAAUGUUCCUGGCCUGCUGUUUGUCCCGAUACAUAACCAACAACCAAUACGAGAUGGUCUAGGAACGAAACACAGACUUCAGUGGCACACUUUAGUGAUGAUUCAACAAGGCCUUAUUUGUUUUCUAAGUGUUCCAUGAAACACCAAAGGCCAACUAACUACAUCCAUCUCCCUCUGUGUCCCGCUGUCUCCGUCUUACAGAUGUGCACCAGCAGAGGAAAAGACUUCAAUGUUUUUCUCAUAAUUUUAUUAUUGCGUGUCCACGUAUAUUGUUUUAGGGACAAAAAUAACACUUGCUGCUUCUUUUAUUUGACGUACCCGAUGCCAACCAAGCAGAAGAGAACUGCUAUGAAUUGACAAGGGAUAUUUGCUGCUUUUCUGAAAGGCAAAAUGAAAAAGGGAGCCAAUUCAUUUAGUAGUAAAUAUAAUGUUUGAUUUAAGUUACCAUUUCAGUCAGUCGUACCCUGCCAAUUGGUAAACAUUUCCAAUACUGUCAACGAUUGUGUUGAUGUGCUGCCUACAAUGUUUUGUAAUUUUGCUAUAUUUAGUCUGUGGUUAUGCUAUUAAAAAAGCUGAUAUGCAUUGAAGCAAAACCAUGUGAAUUUUAUUGUGAAUUCUGAGUAUGUUGCUUAUAUAAAGGGUAAAUAUGAGGUUAGAGACAUUUAAUCUCAUGCUGUAUUUCUCCAUAACUAAUCUUUAUGACGGUUGUCGUUAUUGUUAUUAAUUUGUCAUAAAUAAUUGCCUGUUAAGCCCUUUGAGACUAUUUGUGAUUAAGGGCUAUGGAAAUAAAGUUUGGUCGAUUUGAAACGCAUGUUUUUUUC